GCUGGAUCUGGCCGUUCCCGACCCCGGCCUGGCCGUUCCGGAGCCGCUGCCGUGGCCCAACCUGGGCAAGAGCGACGAGCCGUGCCCGCUGGAGGAGCUGCUGCUGCCGCCGGGCAGCGCCGAGGGCCGCAGCGAGGAGAAGGCGCUGCUGGAGCAGCUGGUGACGUUCCUGAGCGGCCGGGACGAGACCGAGCUGGCCGAGAUCGACCGCGCCCUCGGCAUCGACAAACUCGUGCAGGGCGGCGGCCUGGACGCUGCCGGCGACGCUUCCCGCCCCACGCCGCCCCGCCGCCGCCCGCGCUGCUGCUGGAGCCCAAACCCGGAAUGUUCUCCCAGCCCUUCCCUCCUUCAUCAUCCUCCUCAUCACCAUCCUCAUCAUCAUCAUCCUCGGCGUUCCCGGCCAUGCUGAGGCCCAAGGGGCCCUUCGGAGCCGUGCCCGUGGCUGCGCCUCCUCCUCCUCCUCCUCCUCCUCCUCCGGCUGCUGCUGCUGCGGCUGCGCGUGGAACGUUCCAGAACAGCGCCGGCGCGGCCGCGCUGGGCAUGGCCCGGCCGGGGCUGGGCCGCCCCCCGAGCGCCCCCAACCAGCUGAGGCUGCAGCUGCAGCAGCGCCUGCAGGGCCAGCAGCAGUUGCUGCAGCAGAACCGCCAGGCGGCGCUGCUGGGUCACUUCGGGCCGCCCGUGGGGCUCUCGCUGCGCGCCGGGAUCCCGCAGCAGCAGCAGCCGCAGCCGCAGUUCUCAGCCGAGCUGGAGCAGCUGGAUCAGCUCCUCCCUUCCCUGGAGAAAGCCGGGAUCUCGGCGACUCGGGCGCCCGGGGCACCCGAGCCCCCCCCAGGGCUGCCUGAGCUGGAUCUGGCCGUUCCCGACCCGGCCUGGCCGUUCGGAGCGCUGCCGUGGCCCAACCUGGGCAAGAGCGACGGCAGUGAGUGA